AUGAUUGAAAGAUUCCAAACGGUUUGGUGUGUAGCGUCGCUGCCGGGCACGGAGGCGGCGCAUCGGCUGGUGGUGUGCGUGCGCAACAAGUGCUCUGCGGAGGAGGCGCUGAACGUGGUGCGCGAGCUGCCCAAUCCGCUGCGCGACGGCGAGUCGGCCGCCGCGCACGCGCCGCACUACAACCCGCUCAAGAUUGACGUGUUCGUGCAGACGCUGCUCAACCUCGGCAGCAAGAGCAUCUCGCACAGCUUCGCCGCCAUAUCAAAGUUCCACUACGUCUUCAAGAUUUUGGCUGAGUCGGAGGAAGCACAAAUUUGCGUAUUACGUAACGUGUGGGAGCUAUGGCAGCGACAUCCUCAAAUGGUGUGCGUGUUAGUGGAUAAAAUGCUCAAGACCCAAGUGGUAGAGUGCAGCGCUGUAGCAACGUGGCUCUUCUCUAAAGACAUGGCGCCAUUUUUCACACACAAUUAUCUGUGGGAGAUACUGCAUUUGACUAUCGAUAAGAUGAAUAAACAUGUCUCUAAAUUGAGUGCCGAACUCCAAGAAGCCAGAGAGGCCUUAGCAAGAGCUGACUCGAGUAGUUCCGAUUCAGAGGAUGAAAGUGGAAGCAAGAAGAAGAAAGAUCAGGACAAACCGACUGAAGAGGCGGUAGAGCGCAUGGAAGAGCGUCUGGAGAUGGCGCACACGGACCAGAAGCGACUGUUCCUGAUCGUGUUCCAGCGCUUCAUCAUGAUCCUGUCUGAGCACUUGGUGCGCUGCGACACCGACGCACGCGACCCGGACACGCACUGGUACCGCAGCACCGUAGCCCGCCUGCGUCAGGUGUUCCUAGUGCAUCACGAACAAGUGCAGAAGUAUAGCAGCACCCUUGAAACGCUUCUUUUCACUCAAGAUCUCGACCCUCACAUCUUGGACGUCUUCCAUCAGUUCGUCGCACUCACUGCGUAG